UCUCCGCCUCCAUUAAUUCCUCCUCCGUUUCAUAUCACCAUGAGAGCAUUUCCAUGGCUCUUUUUUCUGCAAACAUUUUCCCUUUCUUCUUCUUCUUCUCUCUGUUAGCCCUCUGUUUUCUCCCUUCUGUUCGCCCGCUUUCCACACUCGCAAUCUCCGAAACCGGUAACCAAACGCUACUCAUCUGUUCAUUGGUUCAGGAUUCUUCUCGGCCGCCGGGUUCUGCGUCGAUCAAUUGCACUAGCUUUCCGGCGGGGAGUGUUCUGAUUCCCCUAAAUCCCUCCGUUUCCUACUCUGGGCUUGUGGGUGGAAACGGGUUUCUCUGCGCUCUCACCUCUUCUUUUUCUUCAAAUUCUACCAUGGUGUGCUGGAGAUUUUCAGUAAACGGAACCGGGAUGGCGUACAAGAGAAUCUACCGCGGCCCGAGGAUCGGCGAGUUUGGUUCUGGGAAUUCCCGCAUUUGUGGAAUCGUGGAGAAUUCCGGGCGCCUUCAGUGCUGGCAAUGGCCGGAGUUUCGGCAGUCCAACGAGAGUGCCAUCGCUUCAAAUCUCGCAUUGGGGAAUGAUUUUGUUUGUGGGUUGAGCGAGUCGAGAAAAAUUCAGUGUCUUGGGAGUGAUUCAAAUGUCACGGAUAAUGUCCCCAACGGGACUUACAGUGAUUUAGCGGCGGGUCCGCGCUACGCGUGCGGUGUUUCGGCGGAGGGGAGAUUGGAUUGCUGGGGAGAUAUGGGCGGAGAAAAGCCGGACGGGGAAUUUGCGGGUGUUGCCUUGGGAGAGAACAGGGGAUGCGCGAUAAGACGGUCUAACGGAACAGUAGUUUGCUGGGGAGAAAAUGGGUUUAGCCUCCCUGCAAAUUUGCAGGGCAGGCAUUUCAUGGCGUUGGCGGCGAGAGAAACAGUGUUUUGCGGUGUGGAGACCGCCAAUUCAACGUUGUAUUGUUGGGGAAAUUCGUUUUUCGAUUUAAAUCCUAAGGUUUUCGAGGAAGUUGUUCCUGGUCCGUGCAAAAGUUCUUGUCUUUGCGCUCCCCUGCCUCUCUACGCUAAAUUUUGCAGCCAAAAUUUAAUGAUAUGUCAGCCCUGCACUGAGAAUCCACCUUCACAACCGCCGCCGCCGCCGCCGCCGGCGGCGGUUCCACCUCCGGCCAGUGGAAAUCGCAGUCGUUGGGAUGGAGAAAAUGUGGCAUUUCUUGUGGUGGGAUGCGCUGGUUCUUUGAUAGGAGUAUUAGCCCUUAUAUGUUACCUUUUCUCUAGGUACUGCACCAUUACAGGAGGCUCAAGAAUACACGAUUCCGGCCGGUUAGACGAGGAAGAAGCGGCUUCUGAACACGGCGAGGCUCAGCCUGAGGCGGCCCCGGCACGGGUCUUGGAGAAAAGGCUUAGCCAAUUGCUAAGUUUGGGAAAUGGCGGCCAUUUGGAAGAGUUUUCUUUACUAGUUUUGCAAAAAGUGACGGAUAAUUUUUCCGAGGAGCAUAGAAUUGGGACAGGGAGUUUUGGGUCAGUGUAUCAUGCGAUAUUGGAAGAUGGGCGGAGAGUGGCUAUAAAGAGGGCUGAGGUUUCCGCCUCCUCGUCCUACGCCGGCGCCGGCGGCUCAAAAUACCGGCAGGAGGAUAAGGACAGUGCCUUCCUCAAUGAGCUUGAGUUUUUGUCUAGGCUCCAUCACAAGAACCUAGUGAGGCUAUUGGGCUAUUGUGAUGAUAGCAAUGAGAGAUUGCUAGUUUUUGAGUACAUGGAAAAUGGAACGCUUCAUGAUCAUCUCCAUAGGCUUGAAACCUCACCGCUCAUGUCGUGGACCGCGCGGAUUCGCGUCGCCCUAGAUGCGGCCCGGGGGAUCGAGUACCUCCACGAGUAUGCUGUACCGCAAGUCAUCCACCGCGACAUCAAGUCGUCCAACAUAUUGUUGGAUGCCACUUGGACUGCCAAGGUGUCCGAUUUUGGGUUGUCCUUAAUGGGACCCCAAGAUGACGAGUCUCACCUCUCAUUACGAGCGGCUGGUACGAUGGGGUACAUGGAUCCAGAGUAUUACAGGUUGCAAGUAUUAACGACCAAGAGCGACGUGUACAGUUUCGGAGUAGUACUCCUCGAGGUGCUAUCGGGACACAAAGCAAUUCAUAAAAAUGAAAACGGGGUGCCAAGGAAUGUGGUCGAUUAUGUUGUUCCGUACAUAGUUCAAGAUAAUAUUGCUAGGGUUUUGGACCCUAGAGUUCCUCCUCCGACACCAUUCGAGAUCGAUGCAAUUGCCUAUGUAGGUUACCUAGCCGUAGAUUGUGUCAUGCUACAUGGUCGAGAUCGCCCGACGAUGACGGAAAUUGUAAAUAACUUGGAAAGAGCCUUAGCCGCAUGUUUGGCCCCUCCAAUAUUUUCUCGGUCCAAUACUGACUCCUCAACAUAGUAAUUACAUUUGUCUUUUUUUUUUUCUCCAUUAUUUCUCUUUGUAUCUUCCCCCUUUUUGGAAUAGUAUAUUGUGCAUAGCAUACCCCAUUUUUUAUUUUAACUUUACUUCUCAUUUCUCAAAUAUAAUACAAUAACAAUUCCAAAUUUGACCCA